AUAAGUAUUGAAAGAUUUAAGACAAAAUUUUGAUUUUCCAACUAAUUUUAUGUCGUCUUUGCUACAUAGGCUACUAUUGUAUUGUUUGUUUUUUGCCAGCAUUUUCAACAACAUUCCGGUGGAAGUCCCAAGUGCGUGCGCCAGAUUUUCCAACGAAUUAAUAGUCCAUCCUGACUGCAUCCUGAGAGACAAAUUCAUGAACCUCGUCCAGAUUUCUGACCUCGAAGGAGGUCACUUUGCCGCAUUCGAAGCGCCCGAAGCUCUAGCUGGCGACGUUUACGCUUUCGUGGAAAAAGUAGAAGCGCUGAGGAAGAUCGACAAGUGAUUUAUUUUAGUCUUCUGUUGUUUUUUUGUAAAAAAAAAUAUGUUUCCAAUAAAGAUUUGUUAAGAAAA